AGGUGACCGAACGAAGAAUAAUACGAACUCUAGAGCAUCAAAACCAAGCGCGCCCAGGACCCGGGCGGUCCCGUUUCAGGUUAAAGCGACCCGUUGUCUUUUAGCCUCGUCUUUGGGCAUCGCAGGACCACUGGAGGAGAGGACAUGGCCGAUACUCUGAGGAGACUUGUGAACAUAUCUGCCUAUGGUGUUUUACAGGAAAAACUUGAGAGCUGGUUCAGGGACUACCAUGUGAUUUCCUGUGACCAGAACCUGAACCGCUGCUGUGAGUUGAUUGAGCUCACCGCUAAGAUCCAGGGACAACUCUUCACCAUCCUCAACUUUGCUGCUGCAGAAGGGGGUCACUAUGCGGGCGUGGACACUCUUAAAACACGCCUCCUCCCAUGGCUGGGGACAAGCUUCUCCAUGGCUCGGCCCGCCGUCAGCAACGACACCAGCCUGCAGCUCAUGCAGGACUCUGCCCUGAAGGAGAAGAAGAUCAGGGAGCUCUCCAUGUCCCAUGACAACAACAUGCAGAAGAUGGAGACCCAGCUGUGCUCCACCCGCCUGCAGCUGGACUCCGUCAUGUCAGAGCUGGCUGACGUGCAGCUGGAGCUGGACAACACCAAGGACAAGUCAGCCACCACUCUAUUGGCCACAGAGGACGAGAUCCUGCAGCUGAGGGCAGACAUGCGGGCGGCCCACGAACAGCUGGAGGUCUACAGGAGGAAGGUGGAGGUUGUGGACGAGUACGAGAGACAGGUCCGCCUUCUCUCUCUCUCUCUCUCUCUCUCUCUCUCUCUCUCUCUCUCUCUCUCUCUCAGGUUGAGCAGGAGCCGCUCGUCCAGCCCGCUGCCCAGGCGCCCCUCCAGCCCCCUGAGGUCUGAGUCUCCAACACGCGCCCAACUGACCCAGUCCUCCCGCCAUGCCCGCGCUGCUGUCGCGCUUCAGGCGACCUCUAUUGCCGUGGAGCGGCUGGAGGCCCAGAGCCUGCUGCGGCGCUACGUCGAUGACCUCACCAUGGUCCAGAAGAUAAUAUACAUCGCUGCCGUGGGGUCCUUCCAGACGGCGAAGCUGGCCUACAGACAGUUCAAGCUGCGUGUGAGGAAGACCCUCUCCUCGUCUCACAUGGGUCCAGAGACCCUGGAGGAUGCAGCCGUGGACUAUAUCGUCCGCAACAUGGAUCUGUACGAUGUCCAGGCCAGUGUCAACGACGUGAUCAACGCCAUGAACGUGAACCCACGGAUCUCCUUCCCUCCGGAGGUGGACUUCGCCCUUGUCAGCAGCCUGAUCAGGGAGACCUGCAGGGUGGCCUUCGCCAUGCAGACCCUGGACCCCCCCCUGGACCUGGCCUUCUCCAGUGAUGGGGAGCUCUUCAAUGACAACAAGUAUCGCCGUAGCUACGACUCUGAGUUUGCGGCGCCGCUGGUGCUGUAUCACGUGUGGCCCGCCUUGAUGGAGGGGGACAGCGCCCUCAUCAAGGGAGAGGCCGUGACCCACAGAGGAGCUCUGUGGAAGAGCCGAAGCCGCAGCAGCAGCCCGGUGCGCUCCCGCUCCCUGAGUCCGUCACGAGCAGUGACCUUUAACAGCGUCCGAAGCAAAUCCCCGGGCCGCCUGUCGGCUAGUUGGCUGUAGACCACACACAAGACACACGAGAGACGCACAAGAGCAUGCACCAGCUGCACCCAAGCGAUGCAUGCAAGAAGUAAAAGCAAGUUGGAUUUCAACAUAAUGGCGCUCUAAUGGGAUUUGUAUUGAAUUUGUAUCGGUUGGUGCUCAAAGUCAAAAGUUUAUUCCGAAGUACGCAACAUCAGUACUUCAGAAGAGUUUACAUGGUAGAAUACAGCAAUAUGUUAAAUAAAGGCAACAUGACAUGAGAAUUACGUUUUUGAUUUAUCGGUUGAUUUCCCCAUAUACAACAAAGCAUGUUAAAUGCAAAAACGGUGUACUGUAAACUAAACCUAAAUUACAACUUAACGUUAUCCCUUGAAAACACAAAGGUUUUGUGAUUGUGUCACCGUCCUUAGGGGGCGGGUCAACCAAUUCCAACCAAUCAAAGAAAAACAUUUGGGACCCCUCAAUUGCUACCUUAUUUGAUAGUUAUCAUUAGGAGGCGGUAGGUUCUUCCACUAUGCCCAUUGACAGCUUUGACGAUCCAAUCAAAAUUAUAGAAAGGAUUGAAUAUUCAAUUCAAAGGAAGUUACAUUCUCAAAGCUCUUCAAGUCCUCUAUACCGUCCGCCAUGGUUAUUCCAUCCUACCAUACAAAUCAGCUACAAUAUAAAGAUGAUCUAUCAACAUAUAUCGUUUGUAUCCUUUUAGAUGUUUGAUUAUUUUCUUAAUUGUUUAAUAGAGGUGUUUGCGAAUUAAUAUGAAUAACAAUAUUAUGUUUCAACCUGCAAAUGAGCCCUUUUCUAGUCUGAAGAAUCAUUGAAACUGGCGAAACGUUCUCUCUCCUUAUCUCCCUCCUUCCCUUCGACCGGUGCUCAGUAUACUUUAUGGUGGGUAAAGUAGGUUUACUUGUAGAAAUACUUGACUGAUAUGUUAUAUUAGUGUAUUUAAAAUAAGACUCAGAAACGUCAUGUUUUGGUGCUGUGGAUUUGAAUGAUAUCGUUAAUCAUAAAUAGGCCUCACAUUUUUCUAGUUGAUUCAAUCUGAAGUUGAUAGAGAUUGAUAACUUAUAUUAUGUCAAUUUCUUUGAUAUUAAGUACUUUGAAUUAUAUGUAUUCAUGAUCAUUUUUUGAAUCGUAGGCCGAACUUGACGGUAACAAAUUGUAUAGCCAUUAAUAGUCAUUAACAUUAUAACAUAAUUCAUAUUUUAACAACUUCGAAGGUCAGCAUAGUUCACUGUGCCUUGUAUGCCUUGUGCUGUAAGUCUUUUUUGAGAAAUAAACUUUUUAAAAACA